GCUCUAGCGCUUCACUCUGCUCACGCUCGUGCGCCGCUCACCUGGAGGAGCUCGCGCCUCUCACCUGUCUGCGCGCGGGGACAUCACGGGGACACCUGUACGUGACACGUGCGCGAGCCGGGCAGGCUUUGGUGUGUCAUUGAACCAGGAUGGAUCUGCUCCUGAGGCUUCUGACCCUAACUCUGCUCUGUGCUCUUCCCCACCCCUCCCAGGGCCAAGUUUCAUCACCUCGAAGAUUCAAAGCCAAAGUCCUGGGUCCCACCAAAGUCCACGUAUCCUGGAAAGAACCCAAAGGCAACUUCGAUUCAUACAGGGUCACCUACAGCACAGGUGGAGCAGAGACAGAGGUCAUAGUGCCUAAACAGGACCCUAAAGUCGUCAUAGAAAACUUUGAGUCAUCUAAAGAGUAUAACUUUAACAUCUACGCCGUGAGAGGGGGCGAUGAGAGCAAGCCCCUACAGGCCAAGCUCGAAGCUCAGUCUUCAGUGGCAUCUCAAAGCAGCUCCAUUGCCACUGCCACUCGAGAGAACAACGAGAUCUCAGAAGAUGUGGAGGGGUUUAUGUGUAAGACACCAGCAAUCGCAGACAUUGUGAUCCUGGUGGAUGGAUCCUGGAGCAUCGGUCGCAUAAACUUCCGACUCGUUCGGACUUUUCUGGAAAACCUGGUCAAAGCCUUCAGCGUGGACAUCGACAAAACCAGGAUUGGUCUGGCUCAGUACAGUGGAGACCCUCGUAUCGAGUGGCAUCUGAACGCUCACUCCACCAAAGAGGCUGUGAUUGAUGCUGUGAAGAACCUGCCAUAUAAAGGAGGGAACACGCUAACAGGUCUGGCUCUGACGUUCAUCCAGGAGAACAGUUUCAAACCUGAGUCCGGAUCUCGUCCUGGUGUUCCUAAAAUCGGGAUCCUGAUCACAGAUGGAAAGUCCCAGGAUGACGUCAUCCCUCCGGCCCAGAGCCUGAAAGACGCCGGCAUUGAGCUCUUCGCCAUCGGCGUCAAAAACGCGGACGAGGCGGAGCUGAAGGGCAUUGCAUCGCCCCCUCUGGACACUCAUGUGUAUAAUGUGGCUGACUUCAGUGUCAUGAGUGAUAUCGUGGAGGGUCUUACCCGGACGUUAUGUGAGAGAGUGGAGCACCUCGACAAGCAGCUCAAAGGUGGAGGUGAUCCGGCCCCGCCCCCUGCCGCUGUGUCUCCGCCUCGUGACCUUGUGACCUCUGACAUCACAGCGAGGAGCUUCAGAGUUUCCUGGACCCAUGCACCUGGAGAGGUGGAGAAGUACCGCGUAGUGUUUUACCCGGCCAGCGGGGGGCAGCCUGAGGAGAAGGUGGUUCCUGGGUCUCAGAACAGUGUGGACUUGGACUAUCUGAACUCUCUCACUGAGUACCAGGUGGCUGUGUUUGCUGUGUACCGGAGCUCAGCCAGCGUUGCUCUGAGAGGAAGCGCCACCACAUUGGCUCUCCCAAUGGUGAAUGAGCUGGAGCUGUUUGACAUCACCCACAGCACCAUGAUGGUCCGAUGGAGAACUGCAGCCGGGGCAUCCGGGUAUAUGAUCCUGUAUGCCCCACUGACGGAGGGAGAUGCAGCGGAUGAGAAAGAGGUGAAGGUGGAUGCAUCAGUGAACGAGGUGGAGUUGGAGGGUCUGACUCCAUCCACAGAGUACACAGUGACUGUCUAUGCGCUGUACGGAGAAGAGGCUAGUGACCCUAUGACCAGCCAGCAGACCACAUUGCCCCUUUUACCUGCCAUGGACCUGCGCUUCUCUGACAUCGACCACAGCUCGGCCAAACUGACCUGGGACGCCCCCUCCAAAAAGGUCAAAGGUUACCGUAUCAUGUAUGUGAAGACCAGCGGUACACAGAUCAACGAGGUGGACAUCGGGCGCGUGACCACUCAUCUGUUGAAGAAUCUGACCUCUCUGACUGAGUACACUGUGGGAGUGUCUGCCAUUUAUGAUGAAGGACAGGCAGAGGCCACUACAGACAGCUUCACCACAAAGACCGUCCCUGACCCUCUGGACCUCAGCAGCUCAGAUGUUUCCACAGAGAGCUUCAGGGUGAACUGGAGACACCCGGCUUCAGACGUGGUUCUGUACAGAGUCACCUGGACCUCCACCGACGGAGGAGACAGUGACGAGGUUCUGGUGAACGGGAACACAAACACAUACCUGAUCAAAGGUCUGACUGCGGCCACGGAGUAUGAGGUUCUUCUGGCUGCCAUCUACAACAACGAGGUGGAGAGCGAUGAGGUCAUCCUGGUGGAGACCACAGCUAAAAGAACCACCACCAUCGCCACGACGACCACAUCCACUGCAGCUCCUCGUUUUGGGAUCAGAAACCUCCGCAUCGACGACGAAACAACCUACAGUCUGCGGGUAUCAUGGCAACCAGUGGACUCCAGAAACAUUCGUCACUACAGGCUAAGCUACAUCAGUGCUAAAGGGGACCGAGCAGAGGAGACGCGUACUGUCCCUGCAUCUCAGAGCAGCCUGGUCUUGCAGCCUCUUCUCUCUGACACUGAGUACAAAGUGGCUCUGACUCCUAUUUACUCUGAGGGAGAUGGGCCCACCUCUGCCCGCUCUGCCCGCACACUCCCUCUGUCUGCUCCUAAAAACCUGCGUGUGUCUGAGGAAUGGUACAAUCGCUUCAGGAUCAGCUGGGACGUCCCACCUUCUCCCACCAUGGGAUACCGCAUUGUCUACCAGCCUGUGUCCGCCCCUGGUCCAGCCCUGGAGACCUUCGUUGGGGAGGAUGUGAACACCAUGCUGAUCCUGAACCUGCUCAGUGGAAUGGAAUACAGUGUCAAAGUGAUCGCUUCGUAUACCACAGGGUCCAGUGACGCUCUGACAGGGAGGGCCAAAACAUUGUACCUGGGAGUGAACAACCUCAGGGUUUAUACAACCAAAGUCAACAGUUUGUGUGUCCAGUGGCAACCCCACCGCCACGCCAGUGCCUACAGGGUUAAUAUAGAGGCUCUGUCCAAUGGGCAGAAGCAGGAGGUAAAACUGGGCGGAGGCACUGGGCGUCACUGCUUCACAAACCUCAAACCAAACUCUCAGUACAAAGUCAGUGUUUACGCUCAGCUGCAAGAUGGGACGGAGGGCCCCGCAGUGACCGUCAACGACAAAACACUUCCUGUUCCAACUCCGCCUCCGACCAAUCCACCCACAACAACUCCAUUACCCACAAUCCCUGCUGCCAAAGAGGUGUGUAAAGCGGCUAAAGCAGACCUGGUUUUCCUGGUUGAUGGAUCCUGGAGCAUCGGAGACGAGAACUUCCUGAAGAUCAUUGGGUUCCUGUACAGCACCACUGGAGCUCUGGACCAGAUCGGACCGGAGGGGACCCAGGUGGCCAUCGCUCAGUUCAGUGACGACGCUCGCACUGAGUUUAAACUGAAUUCUUACAGUGACAAAGAGAAACUACUGGAUGCCAUUAAUCGCAUCUCCUACAAGGGCGGGAACACCAAGACUGGUCGGGCUAUCCAGCACGUGAGGGAGCAGAUCUUCACCUCAGAGGGGGGUGUGAGGAGAGGGGUCCCAAGGGUCCUGGUGGUUCUCACGGAUGGACGUUCCCAGGACGACGUCAACAAGGUCUCCAAGGAGCUGCAGAUGGAAGGCUAUAUCGUGUUUGCGAUCGGAUUUGCUGACGCAGAUUACGGCGAGCUGGUGAGCAUCGCCAGUAAACCCAGCGACCGCCAUGUGUUUUUUGUGGACGAUCUCGAUGCCUUCAAGAAGAUCGAGGAGAAACUGGUGACGUUUGUGUGUGAAGCAGCUACGGCCACGUGCCCUUCUGUCCCAAUGAGCGGCAGCACUACACCAGGUUUCCGGAUGAUGGACCUGUUUGGCCUGGUGGAGGACAAAUAUAGCGCCCUCUCUGGUGUCUCUCUGGUCCCAGGAACCUUCAACACAUUCCCCUGUUUCAGACUGCACAGCGACGCCCUGCUCGCACAGCCUACCAAAUUUCUCCAUCCUGAAGGCCUGCCCUCGGACUACACCAUCUCGCUCCUGUUCAGGCUCCUACCGGACACGCCCCCUGAGCCUUUCGCUGUUUGGGAAAUUCUUGACAAAACCAAUGAGCCGCUGGUGGGAGUCAUUCUGGACAAUGGAGGAAAAACUCUAACUUUUUUUAAUAACGAUUACAAAGGAGACUUUCAGACCGUGACCUUUGAGGGACCAGACAUCAAAAAACUCUUCUAUGGGAGCUUUCAUAAGCUGCACAUCGCCAUCAGUAAAACCAGUGCUCGGGUGGUGAUUGACUGCAAAUCUGUGACGGAGAAAAGCAUUAAUGCCGCAGGAAACAUCAGUACGGACGGGGUCGAGGUCCUGGGGAGGAUGGUACGGUCCAGAGACAACAGGGACAACUCUGCUACGUUUGAGCUGCAGAGUUUUGACAUUGUGUGCAGUACAUCCUGGGCCAACAGAGACAAGUGCUGUGAGCUGCCUGGCCUGAGGAAGGAGGUGGACUGUCCUGCGAUGCCCAAAGCCUGCACCUGCACCCAGGACAGCAAAGGCCCCCCAGGACCCCCAGGACCUCCAGGAGGUCCUGGCAUCAGAGGAGCCAGAGGAGACAGAGGAGAGCCCGGCCCAGUGGGUCCAAUGGGUCCAGUGGGAGAGACUGGAGUGGCCGGACCUCAGGGACCUCAAGGACCUCAGGGGCCAAGCGGACGCUCCAUCAUCGGGCCCCCGGGAGGCCCAGGAGAACGAGGGCAGAAGGGAGAAGCUGGACAGCCCGGACCACAGGGAAUCCCGGGUCGGGCGGGGUCUCCAGGACCAGCUGGAGCAGCUGGACAAAGAGGUCUUCCAGGAAAAGACGGGCCUCCAGGAAGACAAGGACCCCCAGGAACCAUUGGAACUCCCGGAGCUCCAGGGGCCCCAGGAACCUCGGGCCCAUCAGGCAAACAGGGAGAGCUGGGCCCCCCGGGUGUUCCGGGAAGCAAAGGAGAGAAGGGAGAGCGGGGAGACCUCCAGUCCACCUCCUCAGUUCAGGAGAUUGCCCGACAGGUCUGUGAGCAGCUCAUCCAGAGUCACAUGUCGCGGUUUAACUCCCUUCUGAACCAGCCUCCCAGUCCUCCAGUCUCCAUCAGGACAGUCCCAGGACCUCCAGGAGAACCAGGCCGACAGGGACAGGCAGGACCACCCGGAGAACAGGGACUACCGGGCCGACCAGGCUUCCCAGGGACCAGUGGCACCAAUGGACUGCCUGGAGAGAGGGGUCAGCCCGGGGAGAAGGGAGACAAAGGAUCUCCAGGAAUCGGAGUUCAGGGCCCUCGCGGCCCCCCGGGGCCCCCAGGCGCUCAGGGGCAGGGCCGGCCCGGCUCUCAAGGGCCCUCAGGUCGCCCCGGUAACCCAGGGACACCUGGGAGACCUGGGAUACCAGGGCCCGUGGGACCUGCUGGGCCUCCAGGAUACUGCGACCAGAACUCCUGCGUGGGAUAUAACGUUGGAGAGGAAGAGGAAGUGAUUCAAAUUCUUGGCCGUAAUGUUCCCUCAGUCCAACUGCCAUCCAACGUGUUCCAAAACUAUGGGGAGGAGGCCAUAGAAGAGGACGACCCGUACAGGUACUACCAACCCAACUACCCCGCACCCCAGCCCGUCGACCCCCAAGACCCCCUGCUCCUGGUGGAGGGUCGGCAGAGGAGGAGCUCCCCGGAACAGAGGCUAAAGAGGGACCCUGGAGUGUACUGAGGAAGGACUGGAGAAGAGAGGAGAGAGGGAGGGAGAGAGGGAAGAGAGAGUAGAGUGAUGGUGGAUCUGUGGAAUAAUAUGUGCUUACAAAUUAGCAUUGGCAAAAGUAUCGAAAAUCAGAUACUAACUGAUACUAAAACUUAUAUCGAAACUAGUUACUUAAACAGGUAUUGAUACUGGAAGAAAGAAGUCCCAUUCACACUUUACUGGAUCUCUUUAUAAAGAUGUGUCUCCGUAUGUUUCACAAGUAUAAGACACAUAGACUAGUAUAUACCCAUGGACCACUAACCUACUUCACACUGAGGGAUUACACACAUAUAACACACAUGGGAAUAGAACACAAAGUACUACCAUUUAAUGUGGAAAAUCAGUAUUGUCUAAAUAAAUAGUGUUUUUGUUAUUGUGGUUUCAGAAUCAGUAUUGAGUAUCGAGUCUAUUCCUUAGUAUCAAAAUCGACUUUGAAAUUUUAUGAAUAGUGACAACACUUUUCCAAAUACAGUACAUAAGUUCAAUGUAAACAUGGGAAUACUACAUUACAUGUCAUUUGGGCCCAUGUUACUCCGUCACAUGGGUGUGAUUGACAGGCAGAUUAUCCAAUCAGAAAGAAAGACAAGACAAAUAUGGCGGUUUACUGGUGAAAAAGAAAGAAACACAUCACACUACAAGAUUUAUCACAAUCAAAUCAAAUUUUGAAUGGCCACAAUUAGCAAAUGGCAAAGGCAGCAGCCUCUGAAGGGCAAUGAUUUCCUGCACAAACAACAAAAUAUAUAGAUAACACGUCUGAACCGGUUUAUGAAUCCUGUAUUUUCCACCGAUCCACCUGUCUCACAUCAUGCUGCAUUCUGAUUGGACGGCUCCUAUGUCAAUCAAAGUGCCUGAAUAUUGAUACUUUGCAGUGACAUCAUGCUGAGGGUGUUCUACAUGCAUCUCUAUGGUGGAAUGCUCAGCAGUUCCUAUGGAGACACAAUGCACAGUUAAGCAAACACUGUCAAAAAAUACAAAACGGAUUUAAAGAGCACAUUUUCAGGAGCCUGUGAUCAAUCCGAGCGUUCAUGGUUCUGUUUAGGAGUUUGAGUUUAAACAAAAAGGUGAGAGUGACUAGCUGAAAAACUGUUGGUUAACGCUAAUGCUAGCUAGCUUGUGACUGUAAUGUUAUUUGAGAGGGACUUGUUUAACAGCACAAAUUAGCACACCUGUUGUAGUUCCAGCUAAGUCUGCUCUUUUAAGUCAGACUGAGUUAAAACAAAGCUCAGAUUAAAGCCUAACUUGAGUAACAGAUCUUCAGACAGAGGAGAGCCUCCAGUUAGCAUCACACCCUGAGGGAAUGUUGAAUGUCAUCACAAUGCUGCAGCUGCAAAGUAUCAAUAAAGGACCUGAGUGGGUGGGACUUUUUACAGAAAUCAGAUAAAUUAAAUAUAUUUUUAAUAAUUGCUUAUAUUUGUGUCCAAAAGUAUAGGAACAGAUCUGGGACAUAAAUGUUCAGAAAUGUUUUGUGUUUUGUUUUUUGGGGUUUUUUUUUUUUUUUUUUUUUUUCUUAAUAUAAGUAUUUUAUGUCAAAGUGCCUCAAGUACAGCUAGUACUACCAUUACUUUGAAAUGAAACUGUUUUUACAGAAAUUUUAAGGAUUUUAAAAAAUUAUUUUAUUUUAUUUUUUUAAUUUGCAGUUAAUGAUGCAUUUGUAGUCCAUAAUUUCUGAAUCUGAAACAUGUGAUUUUGCAGGAUAACUGUACGAGUAACUGUCUGGAGGUGACAUCAGAUUUAUAAUUUGAAUUUUAAAGUAACUGGACAAAACAUUAAACAAUCAACAAAAUUUGGUAAAAGAACAGACACAAAAAUGAGACAAACUUAAUCACAUCUGAAGGAGCAACAAACACAAAUGUUCAAAUCCAUAUUGUUACAUAAAGUUCAAGUCACUUUAGACCCACUCACAGAGGGAUGAGGAACCACAAGUUUUACUUGAGUAAGAGUAUUUUUACACUGUACAGUAUAUUACUCAAUGAAGACUACUGUUACUUCAAUAAAAAUAUUACUUGAGUAGGAAGUGUCUGAAAACUACUCAGAAAAGUGCAGUUUAAUUAAAAAGUGACUCAAUCAAAUGUACCAGAGUGUUCUAGCAAAUAUCCACCUUUAUUUUCAUUUUAAAUUGCAUACAAUUUGACUGCUUUGUUUCUAAAAUCACACAUUCCUCAUUCAAAUUCAGUUGUUUUUUUGGUUUUGAGUGAAAAACAGAAGAAUGUGUAAAAUGGAAAGAGCAUGUUUCAUUUUGUGUUGUUAGAGUUGAUCACAUGUGUUUAUGAGUGUUUCUUCAAUGUUGUAGAAUUGUGAAAAAGCCAACGUUUGACUUUGGUACAUACAAGUGUCAACUUGUAUGUACCAAACAUGAUUCUUGUGAUUUCUGAUGUAGUGGGUGGAGAAAAAACUCACUGUGGUUCUUCAGCUCAAACGAAAAACUCAAGUUAUUUAUUUUUCACUGAACUUUUUGUCCAAUGGAAAUAAAGCUGAAAU